GGGUUAAUGGUGCUGCCAUCUAUCGGUCGAAAGAUCAAUGCACGCGCUCUGGCAUGGUGGAGUGACAAUUAUCCGACAUCGUGAAGAAUAAAUAUCCUUUAAUGGAGAUUUUAAAUUAAAAAUAUAGCGUUAUAAAUCCACCGAAAACCAAAGACAGGUACUCGUUAAACUCAGGAUGCACCCGGACCUGUCACCACAUUUACACACUGAUGAGUGCAAUGAACUGAUUUCGCUGCUCAAACAGUGUCACAAAGAGCACAACUUCCUCCGGUUCUUUGGAACGUGUAACGAUGUGGAUCGAUCGAUGAGGGAGUGUCUUAACAAAGAGUAUCUGGCAAAGCGAGAACGCAGCAAAGCUCACGCAGAGCAGAUGAGACAGCGGCUCAGGGAAGGACCUAAAGCUCAACCGUGAGAUGGAAAUUUUGGAAAUAGAAAAUGUUAAAUAUAUUCAGAACUUUGGCUUUUUAGGAGAGAUCUUCGGACUUCGUGGACGGCUGAUGUGCUGCGGAGGAUGUUGAUCUAUCAUGGACAUGGAAGAAAUUUAAUUUACUCAAACAGGAAUAAAAUCAUAGAUUAUAGUAAUUCUAAUUAUUACUAUUGUACAGCUAUACGUAUAACCUCACAGCUACAAGCACUCAGAAUCCCACUGAUUCUAUACUGUGUAUGGGGCACAGUUACUUUUGGAGAGGAUCUAAAUCACUUAUAUUGGCUUAAACGGAUAAAGUGGGUUUACACUGAUGGUUAAAAUGCAUUCUCUCAUCGCGAAGAUCAAACACAAUUAAAGAAAUGCAUCCACACUCCAGAAACUGCAUUAAUCGUGUCAUUUAUUAGAUAUCGUUCUUCCUGGCACACAACGAAGACACAGUAUCCUACUGACACACACUGGA